AACACAGUCGCGGAACCCAUAUAAUUCAUUGACUUUUCCUCCUACUACAAGAACUUAGACCACUGCGAAUUACAACUCUCUUUCUUGUUCCCAGCAGUGAGUGAAUGAAUCCUCGUUAAUUUCAGUCACGCCUUCAUUUUUUCUUCCUUACCCGUGAUCUAGUUGAAAAAACAAGAAGAUGUCCUCGUCUACUCCCAGUGCCAAGAACACACAUAAAAAUGCGGCAGCAGUGCCCAUGAUAUCGGUGGUAGACGAUGCUGAGCAAGCCUCUUAUCACGCUGAAUAUCGCAGACCCAUGACAGGGGUUGUGACAUCCUCGCAAGUAGAUGUUGUUAUCGAAGACGGAUGUCGUCGUGGCAUCAACCAAGAAGACCAAGAACAAAGGGAACACGGGGAGCACGAAGAGGAUCCUCUACAAGAAGACGGCCGUCAUCGUUCUUUUAAGGUCUCUUCAACGUGGUUGGAUCUCGCGACAGGCCUCCUCGUUCUCACCUUUCUUUUUGCCUCUUUGGCUUUGCUCACGUCUCUGGGCUUGGUGUCCUGGCACAGGGAGAAGGAGGACUGGCGCUACCAACGUGCUAGACAUUGGUUGCUUAUCGAGACGUGUCUGUGUGCAGCGCUGGCAACGUUCACUGCGGCACUCAGUCGAGGCUGCGCUCUGGCUGCUAAACCAGGACCGUUCUUGCCGGGGCGUACUUUGACGUUUUUCUAGAAAGGCUCAAUUUUACCUCCGCACAUGUUGACAAUUCUAUUGUCAACCGUAAUCACUCACUAUGACUAUGGCGUUACUUUCAACUACAUCAUACCAAAGAAAAUCUAGUUCAUGAAAGUAGGCAACGACAAGGUGAACUUCUGUCUGCACCACAUCUUCUCACUUCCUCUUCCUCUACAACAGGGUUCUCUCUCUUGCUUUCUCUCGUGCUUGUGAGUGUUUUCGAAGCUGCGGGUUAUGUUGGCUUUUUCAUCCUGGUUUCGUAUGUGAAGCCUGAAAACUACUUCGUGGGUGGCUUUGCUGGGCUUGAAGUGCUCCACUGGAUCUUGGUGAUUUACCUUGUUGCAGCUUUGUUUUUUGCUUUGUUCAGGGUGGCCAUCUCGUUGCAGGCACUUUACGGCUGCAAACCGAGCGAAGUAGAUGCAGAAGGCUUUGCUUUUGGAUCUUUUGGUGGAGGAAAUAACAGUGGUGCACGUAGUUCGGAGGAGCACGAGGAGAGAACUCGCACGACUUUUAUGGGUACAACAACAGGUACUUUUAGAAUCUUGUUUGUAAUAAGGGUUCUUGCAUCAAGUUGUAGAAGUUGAGGAUGACCGAUCGAGUCGUCUAUUCGGCCUUUCCAACGGCGAAAGAGACAGACAUGCAAUUACCACCGAAAUAGGGAGAGGCAGAGGUUCAGACUGAUAGGUCAGCUUUAGUCUAGAAACCCUAAAGAUACCAUUACCACUAAUACUACGGCCCCGCGUCGAUCAAGCAGCGAUUUGGAAGUGGUCUAUGACGUAGCUUCGGUUCAGCAGGUACAAGCAGAAGAGUUAACAGAGCGAGCGCUAAGAAGAGUCACAUUUGCUGAAGAGGAGGCUGUUAAGGUCGCGGUCAAGGAUGGUCAAGGACAUGGAGAUGGAGAUAAAAAAGAUGAUAAGGGAAAGGGAAAUAACAAGGCACCACAAGUCUAAGAAGUCCUCCGAGCAAUUUACGGGCUAUGAACUCCAUAGGAUCUUCCAAGAUGGGGAGCCAUCAAUAUGAUGUUUAUGUCGCUCUCAUGACGUCUACUUCUACACAUUUCGAUUUUCUUGUUUCUCUUUCACCAUGAAGUAGCUUUAGCUUUAUCGAUCAAGAACAUAAUUUAGAGACCUGUUACUGAGAAUAUAGUCCUAGUUGUGCCUGGUUUGUUUCUAGCGAUAUCAAAGACCUUGAACUACUUCUAUUAAAAAAAGAUAAACUACAGAAAAGUAAAAGGGAAAGUGCUCAAUUGCCAGUCAGGACUUCCUGAAAUUCCUCGUCUAUUCAAUCCGGUUUCAAUACAACGACUACACACAAAGAAUAAAAUGAACAUCGACAUGUUUCACAUGGCCAUAGUUUCAUACAGUUGCACGAAGAUUGCUUUUUUCAUCGAUGCAGUUUUCUAUCUUAAACAAGGCUACGGCAGUCGUAGAAGUCCUUGAUGACUCGACGUCUUGUUUAUUAUUAUGUAGUCACUGACAACAUAAUGACACUCAUCAACAAAUUGGCUGUUGUUUACUUGAUGUCCUUAGUGCGCACGUAACUUCGUCAAGCACAAUUAUCAUACCCCGUGCUGGACAGCCACAACGUUUGAAUGAAAAAUGCCUCCACCUGGCUUGUCCCAUGAUGUGAUGAAUUUGAAUGAAUACGGCUACAGCUGUCAGUUGAGCAUGUCUUCUUAAACAUACACGGAAAACGCAGUAUAUUCGGGGGGCGCUCAUUCAUGCCAGGCAUGUCAUCCAUCAUGCCAUGCAUCAACUCGCAACUUCAGGAAAAGCCAAAUAUUGCAAUAUUAGCCAAAUGACUUCGGUAUUCAAAAA